CAUCCGCCAUUACAUUUUGGAGUUUGCGUAAAUUGGUCGUCGCACUGUCCGCGUGCUAAAACCACAUUAGCAGUGACAUUUGAAAGUGUUCGUGCGUCGUAUCGCAGCGUUUUGUUGGAACAAAGAGUAGUGACGUUCAAUCGUAUGUCCAUCCAGAAUCUCAACACAUUCGACCCAUUCGCCGAUGCUAUCAAAAGCUCGGAGGACGACGUUCAAGAUGGACUAGUUCACGUCCGGAUCCAGCAGCGGAACGGGCGAAAGACGCUAACGACGGUGCAGGGCCUUUCCUCGGAAUAUGACCUGAAGAAGAUCGUGCGGGCAUGCAAGAAGGAGUUCGCGUGCAACGGAACGGUCGUGGAGCACCCAGAGUACGGAGAGGUGCUGCAACUACAGGGCGACCAGCGCGAGAACAUUUGCCAGUGGCUCACGAAGUCUGGGCUCGUGAAACCAGAACAGCUCAAGGUGCACGGUUUCUAGCCAGCCGGGUCAACAACUAACAUGUCCUCCAAUGUGACAUCAUCGUAGUUCUAAAGUUCUAAUGAGAGCGUGCGCGUUUAACUUAUAACCCUAUCGAAUAUGUAUUUAGAAAGUAUCGACGUUUACAGAGAGUAUCGUACCGAGGCAUGCUUGCCUCGCGCCCUGUGCCUUGCUGUCUCCCAUAUUAAUGUAAUAUAUUAAUGUAUUUUGAAUAUCAACGCCGUCUUAUCUCUGGACAGCUUUAGUUGCAGACAACGCUAAAGAAAUAGCCAAUAAAAUCAACAUUUUUGUUUUUGUACGACUAAUUAUAAAUUGCUGUAAUAUUAUGAUGUCUCAAUAAAUUAAACAUGUUUUUGUA